AUGAUGGGUGGCCAUCUUUCUGUGAGGACACUACAGCAAGAUGGCCUCCCUGACCGCAUGCUCAGCAACAGCAGCUCAAGCACGCAUUUGAGUUCCAGUCUUGUCCCAUCAGCCCCAGAGCCCUCGUCCAGACACUUUGAGGAGCUACUCGCACCCAUGUUUGCCCGCAACAUCCUGAGCCGGAGCAUCUGCACUCAGCGGCUGGGGAAGAACGUCACUCUGUAUGUGAACCAUGUGGCCCCCCAUUCGUCCCCCACCACCGUCUCUGUGCCAGCCUCAGCCCCGGUGGGAGAGGAGCCCCGGCCUCUGCUCCUCAUGCUGCCUUGGCUGGGCUCGCGGCCCCAGGCUGUGGCAAAGUACUGUGACAUCUACUUCCGCACGGGCCUGGACGUGCUCGUGGUCACCAGUGAGGUUCUCUCAGUGAAGCAGGAGGUGAUGGAGGUGAAGCAGGAGGUGAUGGAGGUGAAGCAGGACGUGAAGCUGGAGAAAUUAUGA